AAGCUGCAGCUGCUCGGGCUGGAGACGCGGUCCGCGCACCCUCAACUCUUUUUACACUUUUCAACAUGUCCAAGGAACUAGCUUCGUGGGCGAUACUGGGUCUAAAGAGAGCGGAAAGCCGAUGUUAAAGGCAGGGAGGCGUCACUAUUUUGAAAAAAGAGGGCGCCGCUGCUGGGAAAAUGUGUUGUCAUCUUCGCGUCAACAGCCUUGGCCAACAAAUAUGGCUACUUCUUGUGUAUCCUUCACUUCGGCUUGAACCACGUACCAACGGGGCCAGCAAGUCUACUUUUACCCACUCUUAAAGUGGGUACGUUCGAGUGGAUUGUGCAGCUGUUUCGGUCGAGAUGGAGCAAAAGCAUAAAGAGCUCCUGGAAAAGUCUUCCCAGAACUUGGUGGAGUCCAUAACCGAUGGGGACCAGGUUGUGGAGGUUUUGGCUGAGUGCGGGGUUCUUAGUCAGGCGGAACGAUAUGAACUGGGACACAAGUGCUCGUCCAACUCGGAGAAAGUGGAGCUUCUCCUGAAGAUACUGUUGUGUAAGGAGCGAGAUCAUUUCUCGGAGUUUUGUUCCGCUUUGGAGAAGACUCAUCCUCACCUGAACCCCCUGCUGCUGCUCUCGGACGCAGGUCCUAUUGACCAUAACACCGGGUCCACUUACAGCGUCUUGUCCACCAUGCCGUCGGACUCAGAAAGCAGCAGCUCUCUCAGCAGCUUAGGUACGUCUGGUCAAGCUUCCUCCCCCCCACCCGCUCACAUGGACAGCCAACAAGAGAAGAUGGACACAGUUCUGUUCCAGCUCAGACAAAUAACCCGAGAGAGGGAUGAACUACGCAAGCGCUUGGCUCUCUCAUCACCUGGAACCACCUUUGACGACUGCAGACCAAACACAAAAGCUGGUCAUGACUAUGAGCGUUUGAAACUACAGUGCAUGAAGGCAAUGGCAGACCUGCAGUCCCUACAGAACCAGCACAGCUCCACUCUGAAGAGGUGCGAGGAGGCUGUGAAGAAGGCGGACUUCUAUCAUACCCUCCACAGCCGUCUGCUGAGCGAGCACACGCAGGUUAAAGAGGAACUGGAGGCUAUACGACAGGACAACAUCCAGCUGGUGAAAGAGCGCAAUCAUGUGAAGCAGGCGUGUGAUGAUCUGAGGAGGCUGCAUGAUGAUGACCAGAGAGAGGUAGCUGACAUGAGAAUGCUACACCAGCAGGUGUUGAGAGAGGGCUCGUCUGAUGCCCUCAACAAGCUGUACGACACUGCUGUGGACAAACUGGAGGCCAUGAAGAGCGACUAUGAAGGCUUGAGAAAGCGCUACAAUGAAAAGACUGCCAAUCACAAUGCUGAUCUAAGCCGUCUGGACCAUGUUGAGGAGGAGAAUCAUCGACUGCAGAAACAGCUGGACAUGCUGCUGAAACAGAGAGAUGCUGCUAUGCACUAUCAGCAGCAGUACUCUACCUCUGUAAGAAGGUUUGACAACACACAGCAUGAACUGGCCAAGGCGACUGCUCAAAGCAAGGAGCUUCAGCGGGAGAUGGACAGACUGCAGUCAGAGGUGACAAGGCUCAAAACCCAGCAGCUUAAAGCUUUGAAGGACUGUGAGAAAUACAAAGAGGAGCGUGACUCUGUGAUCAACGAGUACCGUCUCAUCAUGAGCGAGCGGGACCAGGUGAUCAAAGAGGUGGAGAGGCUUCAGACGGGCCUGGAGGCCGCCGAGGCCAAGCUGAAGGACACAUCUUCAGAGAGACGCGUGGCCAAUGAAGAGAUGGAAGCUCUCCGUCAGGAGCUCGCCUCGGCCCUCAUGGACCGGGAUCGUGCCAUCUGUGAGAAGAAUGAACUUCUGGAGAAAUACUGCCAUGAGGUGAAGGACAAGGCAGAGGCUCAGAAGGAGCUCAGCCAGGCAUGCAAGGACAUCGAGACGGUCAGAGAGGAGAGAGAUGUUGCCCGCAAAGAGCGUACUGAGGCCAUCAUCCAGCGGGACCAGCUGUUGAGAGAGUAUUACCAGGCCAGACAGAAACAAGACUCUGCCACUCUUGAUAUGGAACGAGCCAACAAGGAGAUUGAGAUGCUGAGGAAGCAAUAUGAGGCCAUUUCUCAGGAAUUAAAGGAGGCCCUGCAGGAGGCAGAGGUAGCCAAGUGUCGCAGAGACUGGGCCUUUCAGGAACGUGACAAGAUUGUGGCAGAGAGGGAGAGUAUACGCACCCUUUGUGACAACCUGCGACGAGAGAGGGACCGAGCUGUGAGCGAUCUGGCGGAUGCUCUGAGAAACCUGGAUGACACAAGGAAGCAAAAGAAUGAUGCUGCACGAGAACUGAAAGAACUCAAGGAGAAGAUGGAGGACCAAUUGGAAAAGGAAGCGAGGUACAGGCAGCUAAUGGCUCACAGCUCACAUGACUCAGCCAUUGACAUGGACUCAGUGGAGUGGGAGACUGAAGUUGUGGAGUUUGAGAAGCACAGAGACAUGGACAUGAAGGAUCUGGGAUUUGAUGUUGCUGAGGGCAUCAGUGAUUCAUAUUUACCAGGAGACUGUGGGGUGUAUGUCAGUAAAGUGGACAAAGGAAGUGUGGCAGAAGGAAGAUUGAGGGUGAAUGAUUGGUUGCUAAAAAUUAAUAAUGUGGACCUGACCAACAAGGACAGAAAGCAGGUGAUCAAAGCUGUUCUGAGUGGUGAGGGAGUGAUUAACAUGGUCGUGCGCCGAAGGAAGUCACUUGGAGGACGCGUCAUUGCUCCAAUCCAGAUAAACCUCGCUGGGCACAAAGAGAGCGGAAUCUCUCUGGAAAGUGGUGUGUUUGUAGCAAUGUUGGCUCCGGGAAGUCCAGCUGCCAGAGACAAUGCGCUGAAUGUUGGAGACAGACUGUUGGCCAUCAAUGGAAUCACACUGGACAACAAGUCCCUCUCUGAGUGUGAAGCUCUUCUGAGGAGCUGCCAUGAUUCUCUCAGCAUCUCCCUCAUCAAGUCAUUCCCGCAGAGUUGCUCUGGUCAGAGUUUAUUCGAUAGUCCGAGAGACUCUCGGCUCACAUCUUGUGAGGUUCACAGCAGAACCUGCAGGAACUCCAAGCCCAACUGCUCCAAACAGUCGGAGGCUUGCACGUGUGACCUGGCUGGCAGAGAUGAAGAUAUGUGUAAAGACACCGAUGACCAAGAUGGCGCUGACUCUCAUUGUCCCCACCGGGCCUUUCCCAACAGCUCCCACCAUGCCCGCUCACUCUCCUGCCAAGGAACCUCCCACAGUCCUUCAGAGUGCCAUCCAGAGUUUAACUACAGGAGGCCGGAUCAUCUUCCACGGCCUAUCAACUUCACUCCUAUGCUUUCUGACUGCAAUUCAGAUCAAAGCCAGAGCUCACAGACUAAACCUGCAGGAGGGACAUGGCCCAAAGUGAUAACUGAGGUGUCAUUUCCCGAGUGCUCACAGCUGUCCAUCUACAAAAAGGCCAAACAGAGGAAGUCCAUCUUUGAUACCAACACAUUCAGAAGACCUGAAGUACCUCCAAAACUGGACUACAUGUCUCUUUCUCAAAUGGCCAAACACUCUCCACAAAGCUCGAUAUCUGAGUCAGCGCCAACUCCACCAACCCCUCCAGCCAGGAGCGACUCAUUCAGGUACAAACACUGCCAGCAAAGUAGCUCAGCGUCAGACUCGACCAUCACCUCCAGCACACAUGGUACGCUGCCUGCCCAGCCAAGCAUCCCGCAGACUGAUGGAGAGGUGCUCUACUUCACCCAUAAUCUUCCUGGAGUGUCAAAGAGGGUAGACGAGGAAGACGGACCAUUACAAAGAGUCGAGAAGGAAAAGAGGAGGUACAGGCCCAAAUCAGCUCCUGCGCUGCGGCGAAAUGUGACUCCACUGCAUAUUCCUGUUCCUAUGCAGGUCCAGAGUUUUUCAAACGACGAGCACUCCCCAGAGCCCACUGACCUGUUGCGAUUCUCUCCCAUGCGAUCAAAUCGGUACAGCAUGCACUUCGCCCCUCCCAGUUACAGCAGCAUUGCAGGAAACUCGUCACAAAGAGGUCUGGCUCCAUGUCCUGCCAUGACGGCCGUGAUGCGAAACCCUGUCUACACAGCUUGGAGCCAUGAGAUCCAAAGCAACAACUGCCCUCCAGCAACCAACUCUGGCAGUCACACAUAUUCAAGCCCACAGCAUCAAGGCCACCUCAGUCUGGACCUGGGCCACAAGUACACUGCAGACUCAACUGAGUCCAGCUGCAGCCAACCAGCACACAGCAGCAACUCUUUGCCACCUGCUACCAGACUUGGUUCCCCACCCUCUUUGGAACUGAGAUCUGAACGUAUAAAGAUUCCACCACCUCGCUACUCGUGCUCCACUGGCUCUGACCGAGGCUCUCGCUCCCACUCAGAGUGCAGCAGUGCCACACCUCCAAUGUCCCCUGUCCACCUGGAUACAUCGUCCUUCACUAGCAGUCAGUCGACAAACUCGGUCUCCACCCAACUUCGGAUAUCUGUCAGCCAUAUGCCAGUCUGUGGCAGGCCGAAGGAUAGUCCCUACUUGGAGGAGCCACGCAGUGUAACUGUGCAGAAAGGAGCAGAACCUCUGGGUAUUUCUAUUGUCAGCGGGGAAAAUGGUGGAGUGUUUGUUUCCAAAGUCACACCCGGUAGCAUCGCACACCAAGCUCAUUUGGAGUACGGAGAUCAACUGCUCGAGUUUAAUGGAAUCAAUCUUCGUAAUGCCAAUGAACAGCAGGCGCGGCUGGUCAUCGGGCAGCCUUGUGACACCGUCACAAUUUUGGCUCAAUAUAAUCCACACAUGUUCCAACUUGGAAACCACUCUCGAUCAGGCUCCCGCAUGGAGUCCAUUAGCAAUCAGCCUACUCCGCAGGCUAGUGGCGCUACAACGCCAGACAGUCACUCCAUCAUUGACAACUUAAGUGAGCAGGAUGAGGGCACCAUCACCCCCCCAUCCAAGCAGACGACUCCAGCCACAAGCCCUCACAGCUCUUUCAGGCUUCAUUCUACUAUGCGCCGGACCGCAGAGCCAAGAUUGGUGAGGCUGAAGAAAAUACAAGGAGAGCUUGGAGUUCAAAUCUGCGGGGGAAACAUGUGUGGCAUCUUUGUGGAGAAUCUGGACGAUGACAGUCCAGCUGAAGGUCUGCUGCCUGGAGAUCUGAUACUAGAGUUUAACGGUAUCAGCAUGAAGCGCAAAACUAAAGAGGAGGCCUACUUAGAGAUGCUGAAACCUUCCGAGACUCUCACAUUCAAGGUGCAGAACUGUGCAGAUGAAUUGGAAGCAGUUAAAGAAAUGCCAGGAGAUGGAUUUUUCAUCAGAGCACUUUAUGAGAGGGUGGCGGAGGUGGAGACAGAGCUCAGCUUUAAGAAGGACGACAUCCUGUUUGUUGAAGACACGCUCCCAAAUGGCAAUUUUGGCUACUGGAUGGCCUGGCAGUUGGAUGAAAGUGCCCGGAAGCUGCAGAAAGGGCCAAUUCCGAGUAAAUACAUGCUUGAUCAAGAGUUCUACCGGAGACACGGUCUGGCUGACAUGAAAGACGACAGCAGCACCAGCAAGACUCUGUCUGCUGCUGCUCGAAGGUCUUUCUUCCGCCGCAGGUUAAAGCACAAGCGCAGCGGGUCCAAGGAUGGGAAGGACAUGAUGUCUCAGGAUGAGAUGAGUGCAGAAGCACUGCCUAUCACGGAAGAUGGAGUGAGUCUAAUGUACCAGCAAGUUCAGAAGGUUGAAUGUUCAUUACCCAGACCCGUUCUGAUCUUGGGUCCACUCGUGGAGCCCUGUAAAGACAUGCUGGAGUCAGAGGCUCCGACUAAGUUCUGCCGCUGUCUCCCUGAGAUCAUGAAGGCGUCUCAGCAGGCCAUCGAGCGGGGAGUCAAGGACUGUGUAUUUAUCGACUACAAACGACGGAGCGGCCAUUUUGACGUGACUACUGUGGCAUCAAUAAAAGAAAUCACUGACAGGGAUUGUCAUUGUUUGCUUGACAUUGCUCCACACGCCAUUGAACGUCUUCACAGCGUUCACAUUUACCCAAUCGUCAUUUUCAUUCGCUACAAAAAUGCCAAGCAGAUUAAGGAACAAAAAGACCCUCUUUACCUGCGGGAUAAACUCUCACAGAAGCAUUCCAAGGAGCAGUUUGAGACGGCGCAGAAAAUUGAGCAGGAAUUCAACCGCUUCUUCACAGGCCUUGUUCUGGGCGGCAGUGUUUCCUACAUCUGCACUCAAAUCUUGAGCAUCGUGGAGCAGGAGCAGAACAAAGUUCUGUGGAUCCCUGAUGGAUCACCAUAGACGUUCUUCACUAGGGAACUAUGCUCAACAGACGUUGCGAAGAGGUUCAAAAUGCUCACCUAGUUUCUCCGACAUUCGGUACACACUCGGAUCAAUGCCAGCACAAUUCAUGUUCUAUGUUUUAAGUUCUGUACUAUACAUAGAUCUGUUUACACUAGUGUUUAAUAUGAUGCUUACUUGAACCUUUGAUUCUCCCAUCCAUCCAGUAGCUGCAUUUGAAAAGCACAUGUAAUCGUGUAGGAUUUAGCAAGAGAGGAAACGGACCACUCUCCUGCCAUGUAUUUAUAUAUUUGCUGCUGGUUUAUUUAUCUAGCCAAAUCAAAGAUGUUUUGCAGGUCUAGUUGUAGAUCUCAAGAAUUUCCGAUUUACAUUCUUAUCUAUGGAGGACAGCGACUGUGGUUUCUGAUGUUUCUUUUGUUUUUGUUUUUUUGAAUGGGCAAUUGUCUUUCCCUGAGUAGCAUUUCACUUCUGUGGUCGUGCCUAGCUAAAAGCAUUUUCAUUUGUCAAAAUUCACUGUUGGGUUUGUCAUAGCUACGUGACUGUGAGCCCGUCAAUUUGUGUUCCACUUCAGUCGCCUGGGUCGAGGAAAUGCUUUAGAACUCUUCAGGAGGGAUGGUUAACAUUUUUGGACCACGGGGCUCAUGUUGCUGUAACUAGGAACUAGACAUUUCCCCUGGGAGUUGAAUCACACCUGGUUUCCCAUCAUGAUUGAAGACUUUCUUCAGACAUAAA